ACUGUGUCACGACAUUGCGCCUUGUUCAGCUCAAUACCAUCGUAACCGGGCCACCCACCUGAUCCCGGCUGCCAAAGAAGCACACUCAACCCAGGACCGCUGAACAGUGCUGCGACUGCACGGCACGUUGCCAUAAACCCACCGCGGCGACCGUCACACCAGAUAUUUCCACACGCGACACAGCCACAAUGAGCUCGUCGGAGCAACACGAGACGGUGCCUCGGGUCGUCGAGGAUGCAGUCUCACCGGCACGCAGCGACAAAAGCAGCGACAGCGAGGGCAGGCCGGUCCGCGAGAAGUUUCAGAAGACCAGCAUCGAUGCCACGGCAAACCCGAUGUUGGGCCUGGGGCAGACAACGAGCGACGCUGCGAAUGGCAGCUUGAAGCCAGGGAGUCGCGGCGCCUCGGGAUCAGAUAGCGAGCGCGGACGGCUACGGAGGAAGCGCAGCCGGGAAGACAUGGAUGACGACAACGAAGGAGAAAAGCAGCCCGACAAGAAGCAGGAGAGGCUGGAGAAGACCUCCGAGAAGCCUGAGAGACAUGUGCGCAAGCGAUCUAGGGACCUCACGAAGGACCUCGAAGGUGGCGCUCUCAAGCCUGCAACCACCGCCGUAUCGAGGAUUGAAGAGACAGACGCUGAGAUGGCGUCUCCAAACAAGGAUGCGACGAGCUCCACGGUUACUGAAGGGCGCGUCGGCACAAGCCCAAAAAAUAAGCGCCCACGCGAUGACACUGAGGCCUCUGGGGCUGUUGAGGACAGCACAAAGGAUCUGCCUACCAACGGUCAAACAGCGACAAAGGCGAGCGACGAGCGCGAGUCAAAGCGAGCACGCGACAAAGAAGAGGCCAAACCCGCGAAAUCCAUACCGGCUGGCAGCGGUUUCGCAAACACAUCUGCAGCAUCGCCAUUCGCCGCCAUGUCUGCGAAGCCUGCACCACCCAAGACUUCAGAGGGCAAAGAAGCCCUGCCUCAAACUUCGGACGAUAAGUUCAAGGCUUCUGGGUUUGGCAGUCUGGCAAGCUCGAGCGUCUCACCGUUUGGGGGCUUUGGUGCUGCUAGCAAGGCAGGAUCACCGUUUGGUGGCGCCCCCAAGCUAAGCUCUUUCGCCUCACCAGCUACCACAUCUUCGCUGGCGGCACCCCCCACUACGAAUGGUUUCUUUGGAUCGCUGGACAACACCAAAUCAAGCUUCGGCGGUAGCAGCGUCUUUGGUGGUGCGUCCAGCAGCCCUUUUGGCGGCUCGUUUGCCUCGAAGCCAUCAGGCUCGGGCUCAUUCGCAACACCUGGCGCAACAGUGAUCACCGGGCUCAGCUCCAAGCCCGAGCGAGCAUUCGGCGCUCCUGGCGAUAAGACGGAUGACGACAAGUCCGACGACGAAGACGACGAAGACGAUCCCGAUAAAGACCCAGAGGAAGGCGGGCGGCCCAGUCAAUCGCUGUCUGGCACAGCUCCUACCGAAACAGGCGAGGAGCAUGAGACCUCAGCGUGGGUCGGCCGCGCAAAGCUUUACACGAUGGAUGGCGAAGGCAAAGAACGAGGGUGGAAGGAACGUGGCGUGGGUAACAUCAAACUCAACGUUACCAAGGACGAGCCCAAGAAGGCACGCUUCGUGCUCCGCGCAGACGGCACGCACCGCCUGAUCCUCAACGCCGCCGUCACAAAGACUCUGGUAUUCGGCGCAGAUUCAGAAGGCGCAAAGCCUAAGGAUGGUCGACUGCUGUUCAACUCGCCAAAUGCAGAAGGGAAUCUAGACAUGCAUCUCCUCAAGCUGAAGUCCGAGCGCGCUGUCGAGCUUUGGGAGGAAGUCGCCCAGGUUCAAAAAGACGAAUUGUAGGACAGUUCGACUGAGCGAUCAUCCAGUAGCACUUCUAGUCUCUCUUCAUCACCCCAUGAUACGGUCUACACUAGCGACUCAGACGGAACGCUGCCGAUCAGCGACAUCAAUCAACAUGGCUCUUUUACGUAGCUGCAUCGUUCAGUUGCAUUUUGGGCGCUGCAGUUCUGGCGUUGGAUUAAGACACGCAACGGUUUGCAUAGACACGUCCG